CGCUACCAGUGAAUUUUGGAACACAGCCUAAAUACCACGUACACCGGAAAUGACGCGCCACAUUGGCCAACCCAUCUCCACAUCAUUCAUAGUGGCUCGAUUGCGUUCGGAUAUUUUCGAAUUUCUUCGGCAACUUUGCACCAACCGCGAGCUUUCUAUUUCUUUCUGUCUCUUUCCUUCUCUCGUGAUUUGUGUCUUCCCACUUCCAUCAGUUUGCUUUAGACGUUUUGCUCCGCGCGUUGUCGCUGUCGUGUCACUUGCGUGCGCGCACGUGUAUACGUCAGUGUGUAUGGCCACUUUUUCGAGUUUUGAAUAAAACACAAUGGUGAUUUCACAGGAGAUGGUAUCGAAAGCGGAGGAGAUCGCUGACCAGGUAAUUCGCAAUGGCAAACAUGUGCUUCCAACAUUGGCAAGAUUAUGUCUCAUAGCCACAUUCCUGGAAGAUGGUCUACGAAUGUGGUUUCAAUGGAGUGAACAAAGAGAAUAUAUGAAUGCUUCAUGGGGCUGUGGCAAAUUUCUGGCAACCAUGUUUGUUCUAAUAAAUUUAGUUGGUCAGCUGGGUGGAUGUGUCAUGGUGAUUAGCAGAUGGCGAGUUAGCAUAGCCUGUGGUAUUCUAUUCUUCAUAGUGAUUCUGCAGACCAUCGCCUAUAGUAUCCUGUGGGACAUGCAGUUUUUGUUCAGAAAUUUGGCGCUAAUUGGAGCACUUCUAUUAGUACUGGCUGAGUCUAGGGUAGAAGGCAGAUCGUUAUUUGCUGGUGUGCCUAGCCUUGGUGAUAACAAACCCAAAAAUUUGCUGCAACUCGCCGGUCGAAUCUUACUGGCAUUUAUGUUCAUCACUCUGAUUCGUUUCGAGAUAUCUUUUCUGCAAAUUCUGCAAGACAUCCUUGGCAGCAUCCUCAUGGUACUGGUAACGAUUGGUUAUAAAACUAAGCUGAGUGCGUUGUUACUUGUGCUGCUACUCACUGGACUUAAUUUCUACCAUAAUGCGUGGUGGAGUAUUCCCGAUUAUAAACCGCUCAGGGACUUCCUCAAGUACGAUUUCUUCCAGACAUUAUCAGUUAUUGGAGGCCUCUUGAUGAUAGUUUCCCUAGGUCCAGGUGGAGUAUCGAUGGAUGAACAUAAGAAAGAAUGGUAAAAGAGGCAUUACUAAGGAUAUUAGGAGUACGCAAUUAUUGGGUUAUCACAAAAGUUAAGCAAACAUGUCUCCCAUUCCUAUCCCUUUGUAUGCUCAAAGAAAUCUUAGAUGAUUCGUUGUGUGUCAAAACUUCAAAGGAAGAAAUGCAGUAUGUCGAGAUAUAUAUCAUCAGUCCAGAAACUGUAUUCUGUGCGGACUUACUAUCAACUAUAGGUUUGGUAAAUGUCGUACAGCAUUUUUAUAUCUGAUUAUAUGAUUAUAUUAUAUUACAUGAUUAUAUAUUAUCCAUGUGCAACACAUACCGAACCAAUAGUUGUCGAUAGGCAUGUGCGGAAUAAUGGCCCAGGACGAUCGUCGUACGGUUAAUUCAUACUAACGCACACACUGUGAGACCAGACACUCGAAAGAAUGUAAAAUAAUCCAUAAAACUAUCUAAUAUCUUAUUUAAUACUAUAAAGUUAACGUGGAAAAAAAGAAAUAAAAAACACCGUAUACAAAUA